GGUGUUCACCUGUGUUGCAUUUAACGUGAAACCGCAACCGACUGUACAAGCAUUUACCCACGCACCACGCGCCGUGCUGUAUCGCUUCUAAAUCCCUAGUGUGGCCACUAUUCUCCUCUUUUUCUAUUUUCAACAGUCUGGCAAAGUGAUAACGAUUCAGUUGUUUAAAUUUCCCAUCUCCAAUACUUGAAAAAUAUUUCUCAUUCUCGCAUGCGCCUGAGACAUUUUUCCAGUCGUUUAUUCGACUUUUUAUUUGUGAAGUGAAAUGAAAAAAAUUGUCACGUUAUCGGGGACACAUCAGUAUCAAUAGAGAAGAGGAUCGAGUGAAUUGACGUGAAUAAAAAAAAUGGUAUCCAUGUCGAGGGAGAAAUGUCUGCAGAGCUCCCAGUGCUUCGAGUGAAGGAAUCGAGAUCGGGUGAUAUUGGAUAAUUCGAUUGAAGAGCAGUUGAAAAUUAUUCAAUAUUUUAUUUGGUGAGAGUAAAUCAAUCGCAUAACAGUUUUUGUUGUUUCCUAGCUUUGAAUUCUUUAUUGCAGUUUUCAGUCUAUCAGAUGUGGACAUCCCAAGGAAGAAAUAAAUAAGGAAAUAAUUUUUUGACUUAUCCACCCGCAUCAGCUCCAACAGCCGAUCUCCGCGAAUAUUCCACGUGUCACGUUGGCAUGUUAUGUAACGAAGGAAUGAACAACAUCGACGAGCACAUAUUCGAUUAGUAUGGCGAGGUACAAAGCCAAACCAACAAAGAACAUCAAAAAGCUGUGAUAAAAAUUCAUCGGAGUCACCUUGCAAUAGUCUCAAUUUCAGGCUAUUAUUAUUCAUUUUUUAUUUAUCUUCGGCGGAGGGAGCUCAAGGCGACAAUGCGAAGGCCAGGGCACGAGACUAUCGUUAUAGUUUACCUGAUAAUUGUCACUGUUACGGCAGGGGCUAAGGACUGUGACAAGGGAUGGGAGAAAGUUGAGGGGGUGAAACCGGAGACAUUUACCGCGGUGAAGACGCUCUAUGUAGGGAAAAACUCCCAGGGAAUAGUUACAAUUUGUUUUGACAGAUGUUUGAACUCGACCAACUGCACGUCAUUCCUGAUAGACUUCGACCGGAGUGUCUGCACUAGUAUAAAAUCCAUGAGUGAUGACUUUGAGCCAGCGGAUAAUUUCACUCUCUACCAGAAAAUAUGUUUGAAAGUGCCCCCGGCAUGCAGUACGAACAGGCUGUGGCAAGUGGAAAGGACCUUGGGCGCGGUGUUGAUUGAUACGAGGUAUCUCUCACCACCGGAAGUUUUUUCACGGAGUCAGUGCUACCAGAACUGUAUUGAUGCAGCUCCGAACUGCAAAUCCGCGCAAUUUCGAACGAGUCAUCCUCUGGCUGUGGGUGAUACCAAGGGUCUGUGCACAUUGCUAACUAUCGAGAGAAGCGUCCGACCGCAGUCCUAUAGAGCAUCGAUGUACCGGGAUGAAUAUUUGGAGCCUCAGUGUCACAAUUUAUCGAGUCAGGACUUUUGCUCUUACGCAGAAAUUCAUAAUCAAACUUUGCCGUAUGCGGACUUGAAGAUCCAAGGACUUGAUGCAAAACAGUGUGAAGCACGAUGUAACGCCAGUGGAGAUGGAUUCAUCUGCCGAGCUUUCACACUCGCUAACUCAACGGGUCGAGGGGAAAAUUCUUCAACAUGUUUGCUGCAUUCUCAUGAUACGAUAAGCACAGGCGUCAGUGCGCUCGUAAAGAGGCCACAUGUAAUCUAUAAAGAACGAGAGCCCUGUUUGGACUUUAAAGUCUCCUGCACGAACGAUAGUUUAGUUAUAGAAUUAGAGACUCAAGAACCAUUUACGGGACGUCUCUACGCAAGUGGUUACAGUGAGACUUGCGACGUUCAAGGGAUCGGAAAAAAUAAAACUGUUCUGACACUGGAAAUUCCGGAAGAAAAGGAAUUGGACAGAGGAAACGUCAACUGUGGGAUCACACCCGCUUAUGCGAUGGAAUCAGAUAACCAGACACGAGUGGCCAUCUGGGUGACCCUUGUCGUACAAUUUAAUCCGAUAAUACAACGACUUGGUGAUCAAUCCGUGCGAGUUGGUUGCACAUUGGACAGUGGAGAAGUACCAUUGCCCAGGAAUGUCACUGUGGAGACGGGCUACGGAUUCUCAAGUCCUGAUGCUGGAGUUCCCCCCCUGACUGCAACAAUAUUCAACACGACUUCCCCUCCAGUUCUUGUGAUGAAGAUUGUUGAUGAAAACAUGAAUGAAAUUUCCUUCGCGGAUUUGGGACAGCGUCUGGUGUUAAGGAUAGAAAUUUACCCUCCAAAUGGGCCUUACGACAUCAGCGUUAGACACCUGGUAGCCAGUAGUGCCUCUGGAGACCAGUCUAUUCUCCUCUUGGACGAAAUUGGCUGUCCCGUGGAUACUCAAGUAUUUCCCGUCAUGACUAAAGAUACACACGACAACAAGUCGCUGAUUUCAACCUUCACUGCCUUCAAAUUUCCAAGGAGCUCUCGCGUUAAGUUCAAUGCAGUCGUCAAGUUCUGCAUGAAUGAAUGUGAACCGACGAAGUGUCGGAACUCAAUGAUAUCAUACGGAAGACGCAAACGGUCGGUUAACGAAGUCAUUCCUCUGGAAAUCCCUCAGGAUCCAGCCCUGGAGGAACUCCCUCUGGACACCUCCAUUAUAGUAAGAGAUGCGUCUAUUGUUGCUGUACCUCUGCGAUCUGGUAAUAAACCAGAUACAGUCUUAAUCGCUGGAGAUCAAUCUCAGGAUCGACUACUGUGUGUGGAGGCGGCUCUCGCCCUAGGCCUCUUAAUACUCUGGCUCAUAGUACAAAUCCUAUUGACGAUCAGCUGCAUUUACGUAAUUCGACGGUACCGGAGAUUAGCGAGAAAAGCAGAGGAAGAUCGUGCAGACGUGUUGGCACGUCAUCUGUAUGGCAUUCACGGAGGAAAUUUUGAAAUAGCCAGGAGAGUCAGGUGGGCCGACCACAAUGGAUCGUCUAUUAGUUAACAGUCGGUACAAUGUUCGUUAUCCAAAGAUUUCUAUGACUGUUGAAUAGUGUAAUUUUUGUUAAGAUAACUAUCUCCGUGCUCGUUCAGAUGUCAGGGCUUAUCACAUUUCAAUCCUCUCGGUAGUUUCAAAAUCUGUCAAGAAUGAAAUUCAAUCGAGAUACGUCUUUUAGUUAAUAGAAAAACUGCAAUGGGGAUGUUGCGUGUGGGCUGGCGUCGGUGAACCCUUGGCAACCCUUUGAAAUUGUCCUAUCACUCUAAGAAAAAAAUAUCAUAAUUUUCUGGUGAGCGGGCAACGCUGUGAUUGGCCGAAUUCAAAUUUGACAAUUUAGUAGGAAUACCCGGGAUAAUACAGCGAUAGAAAUAUUCCACUAACGAUGUGUUCACUUAGGUAGACAAGCAUGGAGAUAUUUGCAUUAUCGUGUUCUUUAGGAAGUAUUUAGAACCAUAAUCCGAGGCCAUUUCUCUUAGUUCAUUAUCUCGUACAGUAUGUCACAUGCCGCCAUUCACUUUUCCCAUUUUUAUUUUGAUUCACGCUCAUGUUACGAUAAGCUUCGAGGGAGAAUCAUAACUCCAAAAUUGAGUGCGAUUUUGAUUACAAAAUACAUACAUUUCAUUAGCUCCAAGAAAAAUGAAUGCUUUCCGUAUAAUUCAAUUGACUUGAAAGUCUCUGAUUUCUCCAUCAUGUCAUUAAUGGAGCUGUUAGACUCUCAAUUAUUUUCUGAUAAUUUUUUUGAUAUUAGAAAGCUGUUGCUCUCAACUUUGCAGGCAUUUAUGACAUACCAUGAUUCAAAGAUCUUUAAUUGACUUUUUCCUUCUCUGACAUAUUUCGAACUGUUUUGUUGUUGAUGGAGCGGGUGCUCAUGUUGAAUUCAAACUCAUUAUGAGAAUUGUCAGUUUGACAUCCAAACUUUUAUAUUGAACGGUCUUCGUUACUAUAAAGCCAUUGAAAUAUUACGCGACGUUAUUGGGAAGGAAUGAGGUUUCGUGAAAAAGGGGCGGAUGGUAAGAAACAAACGCAAUUUCGUGGAGCCUCAUUUUUCACAAAAUAAAACGGGUUGUGACAUCGUGUGACCGCGGGGAGGGGAGAAGGACAAGAAUAUCUGGCGUGAUAUUUAAGUGGGUGAAAUUACAGAGAGUUAUUAAUAUAUUGUUGAAACAUUAUGGUGUGAUUCUAAUCAAUUAAAUAUGUAGAGAGGCAUAUUGCGUUUCUCAAACUGGUGUUCAUUGUUUAUAUGGCAAUUAAAUCGUAUAUUGUAUCCAAAGACUACUCCGUCCAUAUUUGUAGAAUAUAAUUGAAAUAAUAUAAUAAUUAAAUACGAUUUUUGAAUAAUAAAGAUGAAUUCGGAUUUAGCAGAAGAAAUCCAGGUAAAAGUUGA